GAGCUCUCCAUGGGUUUGUGCACGAAGGUCCCGGCGGAGGCCUGGCGCGAGCUCCAGGGCGCCGAGUGGCCGAAGCUCGCCAAAGCCAACUUCUAUGCGUGUUUCGAAACUUCCGGCGACGGGGCAGCUGCUCUGCUCUCGGCGUUGGCCAGAUGCAGAGACCUGCAGGACGUCCAUUUCACGAGUUGCGGUGCCAUCCCAUCCUCGGCCUGGCAGCAGCUGAGUGAUGGCACCUGGCCCCGAUUGCGGCGCGCGGGCGGCAUCCCUGCAGAGCAACAGGAAAGACUGCGCAGAAGUUUGGACGGCGGAGGUGCAGAUGCCGCAGCUGGCUUGCACGACGUCAACGUGGGCACGUUGGCGCUGUGCCCCAAGACGGCGACAGUCGCAAACUUUUUUGGCUCAGACGAAGAACUGCGGCGCGAACUGGCGGCCCUGGCCCGAUGCCGGGACUUGCAG